AUGGGUCAUCAUGGGACUUUCGAAGUUCCUAAGUCGGCACAGACCCAAAAUAAGCCAGGUUUGGAAAGCAAGAUGGCGUCCUCCAGCGAAUCUACGAAGUUGGAACACGAAGGCUCCUUUAUCGAAUAUGCGGGCUCAAAUAAGCUAGAAGAUAAGAAAGUUCUUGUCACUGGAGGAGAAUCUAUUGCGGUUUUUAUGGCCAGAGAGGGUGCAGAUAUCAGUCUCGUCUAUUUGCCCAAAGAGCAAGGCGAUGCCGAGGCUACCAAAAAGAUGAUUGAGAAGGACGGCAGACAAUGUCUUCUCCUACCGGAGGACUUGAGAGAUCGCGAUUUCUGUCAUUCGUCAGUAGAAGAACAUGUUAAACGGUUCGGCAAGCUCAACGUCCUUGUGAAUAAUGCAUCUAAACAGUAUAUUACCCAGGAGUUUCCAGACAUCGACUUGGACAGAACAGAGGAUAUAUUCAUGUGCAACAUUAUUCAGAUGAUUGCGAUGGCAAAAUUUGCUCUCGUCCAUAUGUCUCGCGGUGACUCUAUCAUCAACACGUCCUCUGUCGUGACAUUCCGGGGAUCGGGUACUAUGGUAGACUACUCUGCUACAAAGGGGCCAAUAGUCGGCUUCACAAAAUCUCUAGCAAAAUAUCUUAUUCCGAAAGGAAUACGCGUCAACGCUGUGGCCCCAGGCGCUAUAUAUACGCCUAUACAAGCCGAUACGCGCGAUGCUAGGCAGAUGGAAGGCUGGGGACGGGGUGCUGGGCUCGGUCGGCCAGGGGAGCCCAGCGAGGUUGCGACGUGCUUUGUGUUUUUGGCCAGUGCUGAUGCGUCACUAUAUUAUGGUCAGGUGCUGCAUUGCUACCCGCUCGGGGACUGA